GAAAGUUGAUCUUCCCCGUCCCGGCAAUCCCCGCAUAUCUGUGGUGGGGAUCUCGCUUCGUUUCUGGAUGCGGCACCGAAGGAGAAAAUAUUACCAAUCUUCUACCACCCGCCUAGGACGCCCAGCCUACCUGGGCGAAGCGGUGGCUACUUAGUUUGUCAUAUGUCGGUCUGGGGAAGGCGGAUAUGGGGGUUAGAUUCAUUGGCCUGGACCAGAUAGAGCCGACCGCCAGUAAUAUGAGUUGCUGUAGGCAAGGGUUUCGGGGAAAGGGAUGACGACGCUGUGUCAAAUUCCUAUAUAGACGUAUCCUUAAUAUAAAAUUUAGGUAAAAUUCGUUGCUCUGCCGCAGAACAAAAACAAUGGGCUACCAAACAAGGCAAAAGUUUCAGCUUGCGUCGGAGCGAGGAUACUUUGGUUGUAUCACAACACAAGCCCGUGAGAAGGUGAGAAGGUUGAACCAGGGUACAAGGUACAUACAUACAUACAAGGACCUGCACAUUGAGUGUUGUUGGAGUCCUCACUCAUCCCACAAACUCGGCCUGUACAAGGUUCUCCUCAUGGGGUACACAAAACUUCCCUCGGCCUCCUUCCGCCGAAUCAGCUUUGCGUCUUGCUCGCCAUCCGUGGCACAAGCUUCUGUAGCGGCAUAGGUGGUGUGUUUUUCGGCUCUCAAAGCUUGGAUUGUUGAACUUAAUAAAGUUCUGCUUCCCCCAUUCUUUCCAGCUUCGAUUUUCUCCCUCCCCUUUUUCUUCAUGUUCGUUGGUUUGUCUCUUAUCGCUUCUUCGUUUCUAUGCCCAGGGACAACCCACUUCACCUAGCUAAGGCGCGGUGAAAUACACCCCCUCACAUUCUUCCCGUCGGAUUCCUGCAUCUGGACCGGAUCGACAGCUAAAGGCACAUGGAAAUGGAGGUAGAUCAGGAGCGGAAAGGAGAUGCGGAGUCCGGAAGUUCUUGCGUUGUCGUCCAGGACUUGGACCUCGAUGCCACCCUCGUAAACACCACGGAGAGAAGGUUGAUGACCAAAAUCGACUUGCACCUGCUCCCCGUGCUAUGUGUACUCUAUCUGCUUGCAUUCUUGGACCGUGUCAACAUCAGCAAUGCUGUCAUCUUUGGGCUGAAGGAGGAACUUGGUAUUGAGUCAGGCAACAGAUAUAAUGCCGCUCUGACUAUUUUUUUCUUACCCUACAUUCUACUUGAGAUUCCAUCAAAUGUUCUACUAAAGAAACUGAAGCCUCACCUAUGGCUUUCGGGAUGCAUGUUUGGCUUCGGACUCACCACUCUUUGCCAGGGCUUGGUACAGAACUAUGCAGCCCUCCUAGUAACGCGCUUCCUACUUGGUGUCUUCGAAACUGGCAUGUUUCCAGGAUGCUUCUACCUCCUUGGAAUGUGGUAUCAGCGCACUGAAGCACAGAAACGGUUCAGCUUCUUCUUCAGUUCCACUACUCUCGCCGGUGCCUUUGGAGGCAUGCUCGCAAGCGCCAUCGGAAAGAUGCACGGUACGCGCGGUUAUCUUGGAUGGCGAUGGAUUUUCAUCUUGGAAGGGCUGUUGACAUGCCUCGUCUCCUUUGCGUUUUUCUUCGUGAUCCCUGACUUCCCCGAAGACGUGAAAUGGCUGAAUGAAGAAGAACGGUCUUUCAUUCGGGCUAAACUUGCCAAGGAUGUUGGCGCUGCAGGACACGAGAUGUCGGUGGGUGUGAAGGACGUUCUUGAUGUCUUCAAAGACCUUAAGAUUUUCGUUGGCGGGUUUAUGUACUUUGGCCUGAUUGUCCCUGCAUAUGGAUACGCCUACUUCGCUCCGACCAUUAUAAAGACGUACGGCUAUUCCCCCAUUCAAACCCAACUCUACUCUAUCCCUCCCUGGGCCGCCGCCUUCUGCUUCUCCCUCGCUGUCGCAUACCUAUCUGACCGUCUGCGCAACCGCUUCGUCUUCACCGUCAUCCCAACUUGCAUCGCGAUUGCGGGCUUCGCCAUUCUCCUUAAUGUGCACGGCAAAGAAAAUCGCUCGGUCCAAUAUGGUGCCCUGUUCUUGGUUACUUGUGGCGUAUUCAGCGCCAUGCCAAUCAUCAUUUGCUGGUACGCUAUGAACCUUGGCGGUCAUAAGCGCAGGUCUAUCGGCAUCGCAUGGCAGAUUGGAUUUGGAAAUAUCGGUGGAAUCAUCGCAACCUUCGCGUUCCUCGAGAAGGAUAGGCCCGAGUUCAGAAAUGGGCACACAAUCAGUGUAUCAUUCAUCUGUCUCUCCUCUGUCAGCUGUAUCGCUUAUUUCUUCCUCCUGCUACACCGUAACCGUAGCCGCGACAAGCUGGCUGCAGUUGAUACUGCAGGGGUUCCCGAUCAAGCAGCUAUCGACCCUCAUCUAGGUGAUUUGAGUCCCUCGUAUAGAUAUCAGUUGUAAAUUGCGGUCCUUUUUUUUUUUUUUUUUUUUUUUUUUUUCGGUCACACUAGUGAUUUGGUUUUUUGUGGAUUUGGCAGUUGGAUGAUGAUAUGUAUAAUAUACACAAGGCAACCAAUAUAUUCCAUGCAACCGCGCCCUAGAAAGAAAGAAACCAAUGUCACUUUAUCUGGGAAAUCUCGCUCAAUCAGAAAUAUUGCGCUAAACACUAGUUAACUAGUUGUUCGGAGGCUUUGGUGUUUCCCCAGAUAUGAAAAAUAGAAGAAAGAAGCACAUUUCAAUCAUGCGUCAAAUACGCUCUAAAAUUCCGAUGAGCGCGCUUGCUGAUAUACGUACAUGUACAUGGACAUCCAUACAUCUGUAGAGAUCC